AUGGCGUCGGCAAUUGCUAUUGGCAGUGGCAUCGCGGUCGCCGCGUUCUUGGGCCGAGCCGGACUGGUCGCAUUCAGGAGAUCCCGGGGCGGCGUCGGGGCCCUGGGCAAGGCGUUCUACAAAGGAGGCUUCGAACAGCGGAUGAACAAGAAGGAGGCCACCCUGAUUCUUUCUCUGAACGAGAGGAGCCUCAGCAAGGACAAGAUCCGGAAGGCGCACCGGACCCUAAUGCUUCUAAAUCACCCGGACCGUGGCGGCAGCCCCUACCUAGCCACGAAAGUCAACGAGGCGAAGGAGUUCCUGGAGAAGAACGGAUAA